CGCUCUUCAUCGAUCUCACGGUGUACCAGGACAUGCGAAGAAGCUUUCCGUCAUCACGUUCGAAUUAUGGACGUUGCUUAUAGAAGCACAGUGCCACUUCUAGCGCUGAACAUUGCGUAACUUGCUUCUUACCUCUCACCUCCGAGUUCCUCGGUCACUACCUCGUCCUUGUCGAAAGCAUAGAGAACUGUCGAAUGGCUCGCUCAGCAUCGUUUUGGCUUGUGAUAUUAGCAAUAAACCUGUCUAGUUUCCUCGCUCUAAUGGAGGGGACGAUCAUAUCGAAUGCUCUGCCCACUAUUGUUGACACGUUGCAUGGCGGUAACACCUACGUUUGGGUAGGAUCCGCUUACAAUAUUGCUUGCGCUGCUUUAAUGCCUGCCACGGGCGCGCUUGCCCAGGCGUUUGGACGUAAAUCAGUAACACUGUCCUCCAUUACUAUAUUUUCUUUGGGCUGUGUAUUGUGCGGCGCAGCUAAGAGUAUGACUAUGCUGAUCGCUGGCCGAACUAUACAAGGUCUUGGGGGGGCCGGAAUAUUUACUACCUCUGCUAUUAUUCUUUCGGACCUUGUCCCGUUGAGCGACCGUGGACUUUUCAACGGAUUAUAUCAGAUCACGUGGUGUCUUGCUUCUGCUAUUGGACCUAUCGUCGGAGGAGCGCUUUCUCAGGAGGGGCAGUGGAGAUGGGUCUUUUAUCUCAAUCUUCCUUUUGCUCUCGUUGCUGCUGCUCUCGUUUUGACGUGCUUAAACCUUAAAACUCCAGGAAGGACAUGGGAAGAAAUUAUGCAUCUCAUGGAUUGGACCGGUAACUUCCUCAUCAUAUCUUGCUCGACGUCCAUUGCCAUUGCGCUGACAUGGGCGGGAUUGACGUACAGCUGGUCUUCUUGGCACGUUCUCGUGCCUCUUUGCAUUGGAUGCGUCGGCUUAGUAGCUUUCUUUCUGUAUGAAUUCUGGUUGGCCAAACAACCUUUGGUACCUGUUGCGCUCAUGGGCAAUCGCACAACUCUCAGUGGGUAUCUGCAGACAUUUAUUCUGCCGAUACCAUUCCUUGCCCUCGUUUAUUACCUGCCCCUCUACUUCCAGAUCUGCAAAGGUUUUUCUCCCAUCAAAUCAGGCGUUCAGCUGUUCGGUCUCUCCUUUUCUGCCCCACCAUUUGCUGUCAUUGCUGGUAUCUCAGUUAAAGUAACCCAACGAUAUCGUCCGCAAAUUUGGCUCGGUUGGAUUACAGGAAUUAUCGGGAUGGGUCUUCUUGGUUCUACCAGCAGUACAACCGCUGUCGGAACUGUCAUCGGCUUUGAAAUCAUCGCUGGAGCAGGUUACGGCGCCAUUUUUUCGAGUCUCUACUUCCCAGUCCUUGCGCCGUUGCCUAUAUCCUCUAAUGCAUUGGCUCUGGCCUUCUUCUCAUUCGUGAGGGUGUUUGCGCAAAUAUGGGGCAUAACAAUUGGGGGUGCUAUCCUCCAGAACCAACUCGUCAAGAAUCUCCCUCAGCAACUACUGACUCAAUUAUCGUUGCAGGCUGACGUUGUCUUCGACAUCAUUCCCCUUUUGCCAGAACUCGAGGAGCCACUUCUAGGGGAGGUCCGAGCCGCAUUCGCCUCUGGUCUCCGACUCAUAUGGCAAGUUAUGGCCGGUAUCAGUGGUUUGGGGCUUUUGAUUUCGCUCUUCAUGCAACAUAUGCGCCUUCAUACCUCCGUUGACUCGGAUUGGGGCGCUAUUGAGAAGCAGGGCCCAGUGGACAAAGAAAAUGAGCCAAAACCUGUCAAUGCUGCUCCCAUAAACUAGGACGCUAGCUCAGUGCCAGACUUGACCAUCUUACAUCACCUCGUAAUAGUCUUUCAUUCGUAUAUUAUUUAUAUCCAUCCAUUUCGCCGUCAUUCCCCGACGCUUCGUGAAUAUAUUUAUCUUCUCUAAGACGUAGGGUUUCGUCCUCUGAAUCGUGUUCAGCAGCCAUGACUUGAGUUCCCAGAGACAAGAUA